AUGAUUUCGCCAAAAUGGGACCCCGCUCAAGAAGUGGACGCCUACUUUUUCAUUCACGAUCGGCCGCACUUGAGGCGCGAGGAGCUGCAGAUGGAGCCCGUGUGGGAGGUGGGGGGCAUUGGGCUGUCGAGCGUGGAGGAGCGGGCGCGUAACGUCACCUACGAGCCCAGCACCGGGGUGCGUAACAACGGGAGCGUGUACUUGCACGCCUUUUUCGCGCACAGGGGGUGGUCGAUCUGCUGCGGAGGGGACCCGGAUUUUGACGCAGACAAGCUGUUCUGGGCGAAGACGCAGCUGAAUGCCUACAUGCCCAAGCCCAAGGAAGUCACAGCAUUCAACUUGCUGAGUUCAUCGCCUGGAGAUGAAAAUGGUCAAUCAGAGGCAUCUGGGGAGGGUGGUGAGGCCCCUGAGGGGGGCAAUGCCACGGAGAUCGUCAGCUUUUGGAAGCCUGCGGUCACGGUGGCCAUGGUGCAAGAGUUUGGCUCCUACCCCAAGUCCAGGGUGCUGCCGCACCACAAGGAGCACAUGGUGGUGGACGAGGAUGGCCAGCACUACUACCCGCUGGUGUUCUUCAACGAGUUCUGGCUGCUGAGGGACAAGCUGGUGCAGAUCAACGACAGUGUGGAGGCUCUUCAGCUGGAGCUCACCCUGGCGCCCAUGACGCCGUGGAUGUUCCAGCUGUUCUUCCAGAUGGACCAGUCGUUCUCGAUGCAGAAGCAGAUGGGGCUCUCCCAGGAGACAGACUCGGACGAUUUCAAGCGCAUCCUCAUCGAGGGGAACCCCAUCCUUCUGGGAGUCACCUUUGUGGUGACGCUCCUGCACACAGUCUUUGACUUCCUGGCGUUCAAGAAUGACAUCGGCUUCUGGAAGGACAACAAGUCGAUGGAAGGGCUAUCGGCGCGCACCGUCGUGAUCAACUGUGUGUGCCAGGCGGUCAUAUUCCUCUACCUGCUGGACAACGAGACCAGCUACGUGGUGAUCCUGAGCUCGGGGGUGGGCAUGCUCAUCGAGUUCUGGAAGAUAACCAAAGCGAUGAAGGUGGAGCUGCUGUGGCGUGAGGGCCUGGGCGGGCUGCGCGUGCCCUGGCUCAAGUUCUCGGACAGGGACACCUACACCACCAGCCAGACCAAGCAGUACGAUGAGGAAGCCACCCGCUACCUGAGCUACGCCCUCUACCCCCUUGUGGCCGGGUACACGAUCUACAGCCUGAUCUACGAGAAGCACAAGUCGUGGUACUCCUGGCUGCUGAGCUCCUUCGUGGGGGCGGUCUACACCUUUGGCUUCAUCCUCAUGUGCCCCCAGCUGUACCUUAACUACAAGCUCAAGUCUGUGGCCCACCUGCCAUGGCGCCAGCUCACCUACAAGUUCCUCAACACGAUAAUCGACGAUCUGUUCGCCUUUGCCAUCAAGAUGCCCCUCCUGCACCGCCUCUCAGUCUUCCGCGACGAUGUCGUGUUUCUCGUGUUCCUGUACCAGUGGUGGCUGUAUGGAGUGGACAAGACCCGGGCCAAUGAGUUUGGGUUCUCGACGGAAAAGCCGGCUGAGCCUGCAGGUGAGAUCGCAGAUGGCGUGGAUGCAACCGGGGGUGGUGAAGGGCAGCUGGACCAAGGUGGGGCCCAGCUGAGGCGGCGGCGGCAAGGGGAGGGCGCGGAGGCGCAGGAGGCAACAGGCGAUUCGAUGGCCGAGGCUGCCGAGCCGGCAGGAAAGAAGGAGCAGUGA